AUGUACCCGGCUCUAGCAAAGCGCCACCUCCUAAGGCCCUCCACGGCCCAAGUCACCCAGCUAGCGCGGGCUUCGGUCCACAACAAGGCCCACUCAAACAUGAAACCUGAUGAAGAAUUCUUCGUCAAUACUACAUUCCCCGAUGAUUUCGAGAAUUCAACAAUGUUGAGGGAUGAGCUACGUCAGAAAGAGGCUGAGGCUAAGGCUUCAAAAGGGCCGUGGGAUAAAGCUACUAUCGAGGCGCAUAAGCAGGACAUCUUCGAAAGUCUCUACCCCCAUGAUGCAAAGAGUGGCAAAGCUCCCAGUACCUCGAAACAGAAGAAGGCUCAGCCCGAGCCGGAAAGAGCUCCUGAGUUGGAUGAAAUGUAA